AAAGAUUGGUCAUCAUCAUCUGUACGGCUGAACACCUGCACGUGCACGGAGGACAGCCUCCUUGUUCCGUUUCUCAACCAUCAUCCUCCACCAGCUUCACUUCGCUUGUUAAUCAGGAGAAAGCCAAAGGAUGAGCUCCACUCUUCCCAAAAGCGAGUCGGCUACAUCUUUACUGAGACCAUCGGGGCUCACCCGCAGGUCUGCGCACUCGGAUCACGGUCCUCGCGGUCGCAGGAACCACCGCUCCCAUCAUCAUCAUCCCCCCACAGAUGGAGGCAGGGAGGAUGCAACUUGGACAGAGGACUGCGAGACCAGUGCGCGAAGACCUCUGUGCCAACCAAGACAUGUCGAUCCUCGGAAUUACGGUGAUCGAACGCAGAGAAGCCACUCGGACCGGCAGCCGAGUCACCUGGAUGAGGAUUACGCACAGGAGGAUGUAAGGCACCGGACCAGCCGGCAUCAGAAAGAGCGCAGCAAGUCCUCCAGAUCCAAGCACCACCAUCAUCCCCACGACUCGUCUCGAGGUGAGCAGCCUGCUGCUUCUGCUGCACACCUCCAUGGCUCCCGGCAGGAAAGAACCUCACCAACCGCGUCUUAUCCAAAACAUCAGGAGGACGCUGAUUUCUUCUUCGAGCCCAGUGAGAAAGUCAUCACCGGGUCUGCCUCCAGUCUCAACUCUGACUCCCCUACGACCAGCGCACCUGUCCACACCGCAUCCAGCUCCGCAUCCAAAAGACGGAGCACAACCUCCGAAUAUGACUCCAGCCUUCACCCCAUAGUCAAGUCAGUCUUUGGACAGGACCAGAAGAAGAACUACAAAGCAGUGCAGUCUUGUGAGGAGGGGGGAUCUAGGGGGGGCUAUCUUGAGCCACUAAUAGCCCUGGCCCAGAACGGAGCCAGCAUGCACAACGUAUUGGGGCCUGCAUGCAUCUUUCUACGCAAGGGCUUCGCAGAGAGCCGGCAGGCUGACCGAGAGCUGAGGCCAGAGGAGAUGGAUGAGCUGCGUGAGGCAUUCAAGGAGUUUGAUAAGGACAAAGAUGGAUUUAUUGGCUGUAAAGACCUGGGGAACUGCAUGAGGACGAUGGGCUACAUGCCGACAGAGAUGGAGCUGAUAGAGCUGAGCCAGCAGAUCAACAUGAACUUGGGAGGACAUGUUGACUUUGAGGACUUUGUUGAACUCAUGGGGCCCAAACUACUGGCUGAAACAGCAGACAUGAUCGGGGUGAAGGAACUGAGGGAUGCUUUUAAGGAGUUUGACACUAAUGGUGAUGGCCAGAUCAGCACAGCAGAACUCAGAGAGGCAAUGAAGAAACUGUUGGGACAGCAGGUUGGACACAGAGAUCUGGAAGAGAUCCUACGAGACAUUGAUCUAAAUGGAGACGGACAUGUAGACUUUGAAGAAUUUGUUCGAAUGAUGUCUCGAUGAGUUUCUGGAAGAGACCGCCGACAGGGGAGGAAAAGGAGAAGGUCUAGCACUGAAUCCAGACAGAUGCUGAACUACUUGAACUGUCGAUGAGUACAAGCUAAAACAUAUCAACCUUGCCCUGAAACUGCCAUGCUGACGCACUACGGCUGACGACUGCAGCCAGGAGAAUCACUGUUAAUAAAAUGCUGCUUCUGUUCCUUAGAGCAUAAACAAAACCAAUGGCUGCAUUCGUGAUUUUUUUUAAUGUUCUAGAGUAAAUUAUAAAACCAUAUUUUCCUUAAUUAAUGACAACAUUUCUUCAUUGGUUGUUAACCAAGCGGGUAAUGUGCAGACUAUUUUGCUAAAAAAAACUAGAACUACUGUUAUUGUUGUUCACUGUAGCAAUUAAGAUGAUAUAUUUUGUUAGACAGCGGGACGUCAGCAGAGACCCAAACUAACACAGCAAUCUCAUUUUCACUGCUGACAAUAUAUUAAGCACAAGCAAAAAAUGGCAAUAUGGGAAUAUUUCAUCUUAUUCAGUCAGGUCUGUGUGUUUGUGUUUUGUGCAUAUUGUUGUUCCUUCAUUUGAUGCCAUUGAUGUAAAAUGUCAAUAUAAAUAGCUGUCGAACUCUGGUUUAGGCCAGCCAGUAUUUGUUUGGUGUACCGUAGCACUGAUUCUGUUUUUCUGACUUCUCACAUCAUUUCUAUCUCAGUGUGAGAGAGAUAUGUCAUUUCCAGUGUACAUAAGACUACCCACUCCUGCAUCUGCAAACAUUCUGGAAAGAAUAUUGUUGAUCUUUAAUAUGUUGAUAGGACUUUUCAUUUACUCGUAUGUUUUGUUACUUCUGAGUUUGCAUGAAUACUCAGACUACAUUAAACAUGUUCUGAGUUCUCACUGUGCAAAGACAUCAACAGAGUGUUAUAAUAACCAUUAAAAGAGGGAUUCUGCUGGUGUUUUUAUUUCUGUCUGACAACUAAAACAUGGGUCUCGUUAAUGUCUUGUUUGUUUAUUUUGUGAGUCUACUGUCACUGAACACUUUUGAAGUGAGGCAUUUCACUUUUGGUGCAACACUCACACUUCCAACUUUAAUACCUCAGAGUGAAUUGAACAGACAAUGUCAUCCAUUAUUUUUCCCUGACGUUGUCAAAUCUCUAAACCAUUUUCCUUACCAUGAUUAUCUUUAUGUUGAAGGAAGAAGUGUGAGCUUCUUUAUGAAAAAAAAAGCCAAAGAAAGUUUACAAAUACACGAAGAGAUUAUAAACCAAUUUGUUAAGUAUUGUUGGGACAGUUAUAUUAUUGUUGGACUGUUCAUGAAUGGAAAUGAGAGUACAUGCAUGCUCUGACCCUGAAGAUAUUUUUCAAAAGGAAAGUAUUACUUUGUGAUUUUAUGUGUCUUAACUGUGUGAAACUAUGCAUGCCAGAAAACUACAGCAAUUUGUAGCAAAAUAG